GUCAAGAGGUGUGUCUCUUCCCGUUUGGUUUAAGCAGAACUGAAAGUAACUGUGAUUUCUGAGCUGAAUUGCACGAGCGCUAGGAGCCUAUGCCUGAUCAUGAGUAGUUUGCCAGACCGGCUCGUAGACAAACACCCAAGUGCAUCCAUCUCGGACACACAGACGUGGGAAAAACAGAAAAAAUAUGUGGUAUACAAAGUGGUUGUCAAUGCCGACGAACAGUCAUGGUUCAUCUUCCGAAGAUACAAUGAAUUCCAUUCGCUUUAUGAAAAGAUUCGGAGACUGUACCCUGAAGCAAACUUGAAGCUCCCUGGAAAGAAAAUAUUCGGAAAUUUGGAUCCAGAAUUUAUUCGUCAUCGCAGAGAGGGUCUAGAUGAAUUUAUUCAACAGCUGAUCUCUCAUAAAAAUGUGUGCCAACACCCUGAUGUGCGGAGUUUCCUCUCACUAGACAAGCAACGAAAUGCCCAACGUAGAGUCGACUCUGAUAACUUUGAAGACGCUGAUAUAAUGAAUGGGAAAGAUGCCAACCCAGUUAAUCUGGGACCGAGUGAAAAGACAAGUGUUCGUCCCAGUGACUUUGAAUUCUUAAAAGUGAUUGGCAAAGGAAGUUUUGGCAAGGUGCUGUUGGCCAAACAUCGUGCGGAGGCUAAAGUUUACGCUGUCAAGGUGUUACAGAAGCAGGCUAUUAUGAAGCGCAAUGAGGUCAAACACAUUAUGGCCGAACGGAAUGUGUUGUUGAAGAACGUGAAACACCCCUUCCUCGUCGGCCUCCACUACUCCUUCCAGACCCCAGACAAACUCUACUUCAUCCUCGACUACGUCAAUGGUGGCGAGUUGUUUUUUCAUCUACAAAGGGAGAGAUACUUCCCUGAACCACGUGCCAAAUUUUAUGCAGCAGAGAUGGCUAGUGCAAUAGGUUACCUGCAUUCCCUUAAUAUCAUAUACAGAGAUCUCAAGCCAGAAAAUAUAUUAUUAGAUUCCCAGGGUCAUGUAGUAUUGACAGACUUCGGACUGUGUAAGGAAGGAAUUGAAGGAAUGGGGACGACCUCCACCUUCUGUGGCACUCCUGAGUAUCUGGCCCCCGAGGUGCUACGGAAACAGCCUUAUGACAAGACCGUGGACUGGUGGUGCCUUGGAGCGGUGCUGUAUGAGAUGAUGUAUGGUUUGCCUCCGUUUUACAGUCGCGACACUGCGGAGAUGUACGACAACAUCCUGUAUAAACCUCUUCGACUGCGCACCAAUGUCUCCUAUUCUGCCCGGUCUAUAUUAGAAGGGCUACUUCAAAAAGAGAAGGAGAAUCGCAUUGGUGCCAAGCGAGACUUCCAGGAGAUUCAAAACCAUGCCUUCUUCGUAGAAAUCAACUGGGCUGACCUUGAUGACAGGAAGGUCAAACCUCCGUACAACCCCAAUGUGAGCGGCCAGCUGGACUUAAAACAUUUUGACCCAGAAUUUGUUCGUGAGCCCAUAUCUGCUUCUAUUGGCCGGUCAGCAGGCAGCUGCAAGCUAGUCAGCGCUAGUGUCAUGGAGGCAGACGGCGUGUUCGAGGGCUUUUCCUACGUCCCACCAGCAGAGGAUGCAUUUGGCUGACAGCAUAAGAUGUAUAUCUACAACUGUACAUAGACACAGAUGCAAAUAUUUUUGUGUGGAGUGAAGACUGAUGACUGAAUGAAUGUGUGAUAGUUAAUACACCGAUGGUGGAUGAUACCCUUGUGCUGGAAGCAUCAACCCAAACAUCAGUGGAUGGUAGUUACCUGAUCAAGUACAGGCAAGUUGCCCUCACAGCAAGGCUGGACCAAGAACAAGAAGAGAAGCUAACUGUUGAAUGUCUAAACCUAUCUUUUGUUCUCACAAUUUCCAGAAAAUGUUAUUUUACACUUGUAAUGGCUACUAGUACUGUGUGUAUACUAUUAUGAUUACAGGAGAAAUCCUCCUUAAAUUCAAUUAUACCACUCAAUGUUUGCUAAGUAUCUAUAUAGUCAUCUUUAAAGUGAUCCUUAGCAAAUGUUGAAUAGUAUAUGUUACCGUAUUGAAAUUUUCAUGAAAAUUAUUAUUUUUUGAUGGCAGUGAAUGUCUACUGAAACUGAUAUUACUAAAAUUAUGGCUUUCCCUCAGUUAAUUAAUCCAAACUGUUAUAUGUUUUCUUUGAUUUAAUGCUCAGCUUCAUUGCUCAGCUGGGUCAGCUGUGACAGCUUGUAUGACAGUGAGAUUAGCUCUGAAAGGCAUGGUUUGUAUCGACUGUUGGAAAUGGUGACCAGUUGUACAGAAAUAAAAUAUUACCACAGCAAUAAAUAUGAUCUGAAGAAAUUGAACUGAUUUGCAAAAUUAUAUAAUAUGUAGGAUUAAGAGAUGACAGCCCCAGGUUUUGUAUCACGUUUGUCUGUUUCGGACAGAAUUUUACUAGCACUGCAGGACUCAGUACAGUGAUUCACAACAGGGGAUAAACAUGGUCCAGACAGUUGCAUUCCCAGCACAAGACCCACAACAAUGGCUGCUUUGUAUGGACAGGAAAUAACAACAUCGAACAGAAGUCAAGUCUACCAACCCACCCCUUCCAUGGGGUCUUCCAAUUCCAGAAAUCACCAUUACCAGCCCACAGCAGCAGACUAUCAGCCUGCCAUAUCUGGUUAGUGGGUGUUCAAGACAAUCUAGCGUGAAUGUUUUCAAGUCCCCUACAAUCUGACAUGUUCCACAAUAAGGCCAACCAUGGAGCAACCAUUUCCAAAAUCGCUUUUAUCAACACACAGCACCAGGCUGUUACGGAUUGUUGGAGUGUUCAAGACAAUACAAUGUCAAGGUUUUGAGGUCCCUGCCAUCUGACAUAUUCCACAAUGAGACCAACCAUGGAACUACCAAUUUCCAGGAUUACUAUGGUAACCUACAGCACCAGACCAAACAGUUGUUCCUGGAGACUGGGUGUGUGAGACCAGCUGGUACCAAGGUUUUCAAUAAAGCCAAUAAUGACCUAGGUAAACAUUGGUAAGGAGGCAGAUCCUUCUCCCGCAUCUCUCAGACUGGCAGAUUGGAUGCUGAGCCAGGUAUUCAAUAAGAUUGGCCCUGUAAACAGAGAGCAUCGUACUCCCAGCUUAAGGAUUGAUUUGUUUCUGUCUCAAGGAACAUUUACAUCCCAGGUGUUUCUUUUCAGGAAACUUUUUGAACUUUUCCAACCAUUAAUGCCGUUCUUCAUCAAUAUGAUAUUAUUCAAGAAUAUGAACUUCUAAUAAACAAUGGUUUCCAGUCAUUUGUGCCAUUGAUAAGUCUUUAAUGUCAAGCUAAAGUAAUGUGAACUACAUGCGAUUCAGCAAUUCCGUUAUUGGUAUAAUGAGUCAAUCUAAGGUAAAAUAAAUUGCAAGAACCUAUCAUAUGCCAUGAACAUGUCUUUAACAUCGAUACAAGUAAAUGUCAGAAGGCGCCAAUAACAUUUUAUGUUUUCACUGACAAAAUUAUAUGGCUGCACUUUAAUCCCCUAUUAUGACAAUUUUCAUUUAAGAGUAUUAAUGAUGUUCCGAACUUAUGGUAAUCUUGGUGAAUUAACUUGAAGUCAUUGUAUGAAUUACAACUAUCAAAUACAUUUGACAUUUUCAUGACAGGUCUCUCUUUUUAUGGCACUCAAUAAUAAGAAUCAAUGCAAAUUCCUCACUAACAAUAACGAACAUAUGUUGGAAUUACGACCGACAAGGACAUUUUCAUAACAACACCAUCAAACACAUAAUAGAAUCUAUUUGAUUAUCUGCCCUGCAUAUUCAUUUAAUGGUAGAAAAAAUAUUUGGUGGCAAGAUUAGUUGCCAAUGUCAUGAUUAAUUUGUUGAAUUGCACUAUUUUUAUGCUUCUCGAUAGGUAGGCAGUCUGGCUCUGUGCUUGAAUUUUCAUGAUUCAUUAAUGCGUAAGUGAAAUGACUGAUGGUAUUGAUUGCUGUGUGAUACGGCUUGCAGCUGUGAAGUAACGUCCAGUGUUAGAUCACACCAUGUGAUUGUGUCCGUCCCAACUGUGUAAUCACUUACCCUUCCUUGUUAAUUCAGAUCUUACUGAUAUAGUCUAUAUACCAGUGUUGCUCUCUGGGAUUAGCUUGGUGAGAGCAAUGCUAGGAGCAAGAACCUUGUGGUGGCCCAGCAGGUCAUGUGUUUGCUUCUUGGAGAGAUGUUCCAGGUUUAAUUCCCAUAGUGAUAUUUUGGCAUCUUCUGCAUUGCAUCUUCUUCUUGAUGCAAAGUGUCACAAGUGGAAACAUCUGUGAUAUAUAUCUUGUUAUUGAGACUUUCAGCACCAUCACACCUUGAUGUCUUAAUAAAGAAACACCCAUGAAUUCUCAGUAAAUGAGCAAAACAUAAGCAUUCUGUUCAGGUGAAAAUUUAUUGUCUUUCAAAACCAAAUUAUUUUUUUUGUUAGAAAAAUUAUGUUUUAUUUCUAAUUCUCUACAUCGGUAUGCUUGUGUUUCAAGGUUUUUACUGAUGUACGUCAACUACCAUAUAUUCUGUAGUCGGAAAGUAGCAUCUCAGAUCCCAAUGUACCCAAGUUUUGAAUGGUGACUGUCAUGGUAUAUCUAUGCUGUAAUGUUUUGAUGAGUAUUCUGUUAAUAUAUCCUUGUCAAAACUUAAUCUGUUUCCAAAUUGCCUUUACGAAAAAAAAAUCUGUUCCUUAAUAUCCUUGAUAAAGAUAGUUUGUUCAUAAAUAUCCAUGAAAUAUAAAAUGCUAGUUUUCCAUACAACAAUCUGCUGUGAGGUCGCCUCCCCCUAAUGAUCAAUGUAUUUCCAUGGUUGUAUUUUCAACUUCAGCUCAGACCAAUGUAAACAAUUAAGAAGCCAGGAAGCCAGGAAACACUCUAUCACAGUAACCCCAGCUGAGUUACUACCAAAUAGCUUGUAAAAUACUGUUAUGUAUUUCACUCUCAAAUUACAUUUAUUGAUCAAGACAGAGAUUGAUUGUGUUGUAUCGAGCUGGAUUGGACUUGGAAAUUUGACUCUGGGCUUUGGUUAUAUGAGAAAAUUUGUUUAAGUGAUGUUCAAUAUUUUGAUGUUUGACUACAAAUUUAGUUAUCCUUCUUAUAGCUGAUUUUUUUUAGUUUAAAAAACAUUUGGGGCUUCAGGGUUGUAUUCGAUCUUUUUGUAAAGCUAUUUUAAAUCACAUUUCACACGGACAAGAAAUUUGAUGAAGGGGGAAGUGUAGGGACAAAAAUCAAUUUGAAAUACUCAGUGGAGAGUCUCUCCAGUGAUUCCGGUGACUGUCGAGUGGUACUAAACUAGCCUUGUUACCUUGUGUAACUGUUGGUGCCCAUCCUUCAGCAAAGGUCAUGCUCCCAACUGAACUAUGGUAGUUAACAGAUUUAUAACAGAUAAUAACAGAUUUAUUUUCAGGACAAUAACACAGUGUUAGUACAAGGGAGAAGAAAAAUGGGAAAAUUGAAAAGACCAGAUUUUAGAUUUAUGACUGAAUAUAUCUUUUCUUACCUUCAAUCUGGAAACAUGUUCUUACUUUCAGUUUGAUUUUAUCAAAUUCUUACACAUACCUGAAUCAUAAGGCUGCUCUAGUUUCUCAUCAGCAUUGGAAAUGUUAUUCAUUACUGCCAAUCAACGAUAGGUAACUUUUCUCCAAGAAUGUUUCUUUUUAUGAAAAUUCGUCAUAUUUCUGCCAAUGAUAUCAUUAUCAUGAUAUAUAGGCCAUGUCACGUUUUAUUGCAUUUUCAGACCCGCUUCCUCCACUCUGUUAGUGUUAAAGGUGUAGAGGAUUGUAGCAGGUCCGGUCAUUAAAGACCAUGAAACAGUAUUAUUAGAAGUCAGACUGUAAAUAUUUAUCAUAAUUUUAGAUAUGUAUUCCCACUAACUUACAUUAACUGACAAUAUUUAGAUAGAAAGAAUUUAAGUGUUCACGUUAAUGUUAAAAUGUGCAAUUUACAAAUAAAUAAAGUUAAUUUUCUGUGAUAGUCACCAUUUUGUAUUGUUUCAAGUAAAAUUGUUUUUAUUGAAAACUGUGUUUCCAUCUUAAAUUUAACUAGCUGUAAUAACGGUAAUACAAAUGAUAGUGCAGCGAUGAUGGAUGUGUUAAAAGACUGCAAGGGCACAUGUCACCCUUCAAUAUGCUGUCAUUCUCAGUACUUUAUGUGUUUGCAUACACUGCAUAUACUACUACACAGUGUAUACAACAGCCAUGAAAUUCUGAUCAUUCAAGCAGUAGAAGCAGAUAUUUAUUACAUCUUUAAGUACUUAAUAACUUAAUUUUGACUUAUUAAUUGCAAUCAGGUACUGCGUGAACCUGAUCAAACCAAAUUUGUCUCACCUGUAAUUGAUUAAACAUUUGAGUUGAUUAACAUGAUAGAUAAAAUACAUGUUACCUGACAAUGAUGAUACUCAAUAAAUAUGUGUUCACCUAUUCCCAUUUUUUUAAUCACUAGCCUUGCAGGCAAUCAGUCCAAGGGAGAUAACCCUGUAAUCCCUGUGAAGUGUACACUUAACACAGAACAAACAUUCCAUUUCAUGUAGAGAUAUUUGUUUAGAUUGCUCUUCCUACAUAUCAGAGCAUUCCACUAUAUGAUGUUUUUAUCAUCAGAAUUAUUGCAUCUGACUCAAUUAAUCUAAUGAAACCUGGUUGAAAUUAUACAAAAUAUGUUACUUUUAUACCAUGUCAAUUCUGCAAUAUUUACCGAAUAUUAUUCUAUGAUGUUGACAAUGAUUAAUUGUAUCUCGCUUAGAUGUUUCAUUGAUUGAAUGAAAGAAUGAUGAAUGAAGGUUCCAGAUGUUCUGCAUUAAGCAGGUAUUCCCUGUUUAACCCAUUUCUUGUUGAAAUCUGUAUGUUGGUAUAGUGUUGAUAUUGUGCAUAUGUAAAUAAUGCCUAGAAUUAACCAAGAAUCGAUGAAGUUAUGCACAAAGAUUGUAAUAUUUGUGAAAUGCAUUCUAUGGAAUUUAAUACGAGUCAGUGUGAAUAAGGCCAAGUACAAUUAUUGUAUAAAAUAAUUCAGGAUCAGACCCAGGGCCUAGAUUUCCGAAGCUCUCUUAACGCUAAGAUAGUCGUGAGUGCCAUACAUUAAUAUUAACUUACGACUAUCUUAGCGCUAAGAGAACUUCGAAAAUCUAGGCCCAGGUCCACAAAGCUGUCUUAGUGCUAAGGUGGUUCUAGCUCCUUACUUUUAAAUAAACUCAAGACAUGAUAGAGAUGUUAGAUGGCUUUGUGAAACUUGUCAACAUUGUCACGAAGGAAUUUGUAAUAUUUGUGAAAUUCAUUCUAUGGAAUUUAAUACGAGUCAGGGUGGAUAAGGCCAAGUAAAAUGAUUGUGUAAAAUUAUUCAGGAUCAGACCCAGUCAACAAAUCUUUCUUAGCGCUAAAGUGAUUGCAACCCUUGGUCUGUAAAGCUAUCUUAGUGCUAAGUGGUUGUAGCUCCUUACUCUAACUUAAACUUACAGCAGGACCGCUGCCAUAUAGCUGGAAUAUUGCUGAGUCCGGCGUAAAACUAAAAUCACUCACUCACUCACUUAUGGCAGUGUUAGUGAUGUUAAGAUUGAUUUGUUGGACAGAGUAGAGACCAAUGAAGGAAUAUGUAUAUGUCUGUAUUCAGAUUAUUUACUUUUUCUGAGAGUUUUAGAAUUAAGAGAUUUGAUGUACCUUGCCAGUUUCAAAACAAGGGUGUUAGUGUGCAUUUUAUUGUGGUAAGUACUACUGUGCCAUAUUCCCACUCUUGAUGACAGGCGCCAUAUACAGGCAAAUCACUCACAAUCUUCAUAAUUUUGCUUAAUAAGCCUAAUAGUGUAAUUAAUAAGAACUAAAUUUUUUUAUGUAAACAUAUGUGAAAAGAACAUGUAAGAAAACAUCAUUUUUUCGACCAAUUGGUGGGCUUAUCUUUUAACAUGUACAUAGAAAAUAUUAAUUUGAGUAUUCCCUAAAAUUGUAACAUGGUGAGAUAUAGCUAUAUCAGCCAGUGUCGGUCAGUAUGUAUGAAUGAGUUUUAUUCCCCAGUGAUGUUCCAUGUAAGAAUAUUAGUCUUCAGGAACCCAAUCUUAUCGUCAUAAGAGGCCACCCACAUGAUUGUGUGGUGCAUGUCAUCGUGUCGUGUAGAUAGAUACUCCUGAUGUCUGGAUUGACAGGUCAAGACACAGUUAUUUACAUAUAGCUGGAAUACUGCUGACUGUAGCAUGAAAUAACAAACACACAAACAAUCUAAUCGUAGUAGAAAGUUGUCUUGGCAUUAGUCCUGUCUUUGUUCGACACAUAAUGACGUAUCUGUGAUGGACCUCCAGUGAUGUCUCAUCAGCACUAAUAUGGCCAUAGACUGACUCAGAUUAUGUGGUUGAACGGCCGUAUUAACAAGUUCCAGUUGCUCAGGAAGCACAGCAUUAUACCAGCAGACACCUUAAGGUUUUGGAAACUGGCAAGGGGUUAUCGUAUUUCAAAUGCAUAUUUGUUUUGUGUGUUGUGUUUGUUCUUUAAUCUGUCAUUUUCAUAGAUUCUGUGCACUGUUCAAUGAAAUGUACAGAUGUUUCUUGGAUUCCAGAGAACUGUCAACAUAUGGGAAUUAUUUUAUUAUGACAUUUUAAUACAUUUGUGAACAAAAUUAUGGAUGCAAGUGUUAGAUAUGGAUCAAGAGAAGUAUAAUCCUUGGUUUUCAUAGUAUUUUCAGUUGUAAUGACUAUAAAAUACUACUUACUCAGCAGUUUUCACCCACCGUAUGCAAUUAUUCCUUGUCAAAAAUGCAUAUUUAAUAACUCAAGACGCAUUUCUAGAUACAAAAUUUAUGGCCAGUUUCAGAUUUAUGUCUGUUAAUUUUGAAGAAGCUACCUGACAAGACUUUAUUGUUAUUUUAUCCAUGUUCAAUAAGAUUAAUUUUAAUUUGGUAAAAGUUGUUGAUUUAGUGCUAUAGACUUAUUUGAAAAAUUGAGUUUUGUGAAAAAAUGAAACCAAAUAUAUCUGAUCCAACUGAUAUAAAUAAAGGUGAUUCAAACAGAA